AUGCAUACCAAUUACAAAUGUCUCAGUCUCAUAGUCUCACCACUAAUGGGAAAGCCAACUAGUGCGAUGUCCGCAGUCUACGAUGUGAGAUUUGCCUUCGCUUCACCCCUGUGACGACGAAAAGCCUCGAAUAUCUUAUUAUCUUUGGAAUACAAGAGGACUGGAGUAUUCUGGCUUAAGGCGGCACAAUGAGUUCUUCCGCCCACGAUGUCUCCCGCGGGGCCUGUGAUCGUUGUCAUGGCCAGAAGCUUCAGUGCAAACCAGGAAGGAGCAAUGAGGGCUGUUUGCGCUGCCAGAAAGCGGGUGUUCGAUGUCUCCCAAGGCCUUCAAGGUCUUCUCGACAUCGGACUCGUUCUCACGCCACUCAACGGGCGUCCAUGCAUAGCAACCCGACACAAAACGUCGGUUCGGCACUGACGUUACUGAAAGAAAAUCUAGCCACCGAGCAGAACAGCCAAGCCGUCUCGGAGUAUCUUGGUCUUUCACCGAUUAGCUUACUUGAUGCCCCGUCUGAUCUGGAUCUGGGUCUGAAUUUCCCUUCGCUACAGUCGGAGCUUGGCCCUCCCCCGGGAACACGUGAUUUCCAACCUAAUAUGGACAUCUACACUAUGCAAAGUCACAAGUCUGGCCAAUCAUUUGCUCAGGCACCGCCUCAGUCCCGCAGUGGUGGGCAACGCGAGCAGGAAAAUCACACUGAUCUUCCUGGCGCUUCUCAAGGCUCCUAUCGUUUGACCUCACCCACUUUCAACAUGUUACCCCUCUAUUCAGAAGAGCCUUCAGCCCCUUCCAAACAACCGUUGUCGCUUCCGAGGAACAUCACGCCGCAAAGCCUGACCUAUCAGUCUCAGGAAACUGCGAACCCCCAUCUCAUGGACUUUGAUCAACUUGAAGGGGAUACUCUUAACAUCGACAGUGAGCGCUCUGGCUCUGAUUUCGGCUAUCGCCCAACAGCAUCACGUCGCCCCCAGUCCAUCCACGGCGAGUUUCAGAGCUCAUACAAUGACAGGCCAUACAAUGACAGGCCAUACAAUGACAGGCAGCAAACUACAAACCUAGCCGUUGAACCUACUGUAAAAUCCUGGAUUCGCAAACUUUCGGAUAUCAACGUGGAACUCCAUCAGCAUAUGCUUUCGAUCCCAUGUAUCGAAGCAGAGCGGGGCAUAUGGACAGACACCAAAGACAAGACGAUGGGUAACGGCCUCAGCUCCACCCGGAACGUUCCAGAACUUGCUGUAGAUUGCACCUUUCGACUUUCGCACCAAUACAUGGAAACUAUAAGAGACAUGUCUUCCCGAAUUAGGACCGGUCAGGCUCACCACGUGCCUGUAACAGCCGCUCUCACACUAGACCAACCCUCACGGCUGCUCAUUUUAUCCAGCUACCUUUGUCUCAUCGAGUCCUACGAUAGAGUUAUGCAGCAUAUCAAGUCCUGGACCGAGGUCCGCUUGAACAUGGGUGCAUCCAGUUCCGCUUACCACUUCCCCAUUCAGCUGCCGAACAUCGCGAUCGGCACCUUCGAGUUCUUCACGUGUUCGUCGACACAGCCCCUCAUUAUGAUGUGCAUCCUAAGAACCAUGAUAAAACAGAUCCAUGAUCUAGUGGACGGGAUCAUGAAGCCGGCAAACGCUCUCGACAACGGAACAGCGACCAUGCUGAAUGCACCAGCUGGCGAGCAAGGCAGCAGUGAUGGUUGCGACGGGUUAAGUGGUGUGGUUAAAGUCACAUUGCAAGCAAUCAGGGCCAAGGAAGAUUCGACCAUCAAGCUCAUAGACGUAACUUGGAAACUUGCUCUCCGAUGUGGUAUCACUUGA